AUGGACAGUGAAACCAUGAGUGGUACUGCUGACAUAGAACGCCCAACCCCUGUGAUGAAAUCGGAAACCAAACAGAAUCCUGUUAACAGAAUUAACAGAAACCUGUUAAAAGUUAACUGUCUGCAAUCAUUUCUUGUUAGAUUACUAACAAGAGGGAGUGGUGGGGGAAGCAGUGGCUGCACAAGCUGCCUAAACUUGAUGUUGGUUCUGAUUGUUAGAGCAACACAACUGGAGGAAGAGGAAGGAUGUACUGAUGAUGUCACAGUGAGGAACCUAGGGAAGCCAGCUGAACUUGCUGGACAGUAUUACUUAGAUGGGGUGAUGAGCUUUUUGAAUACACAUCAGAGAAUGUUUUUGUACCACUUACAGUUGGUGGUGGUAUCAAAGAUUUCACUGAUGCAAAUGGAAGGUAAAAACGGGAAAGAGCAGCUUAUAACAUCUUUCCAGAGUGUAUGGGAAUUAGGUCUGGAGUAA